AUGGGCUCCCUGUUUCAGUUGCGCGACUUCUGGUACACCUCCUUUCCAGGGGAGGAGUUCAGCCCUUCCGCCGUGGUCCUCGCCGACCCAGAUGUCAGUAAUCUCUUUGACAAGAUUGUACUGGGAUCCUACCAAGGCAUGCUGCGCAUUCUGAACCCGAGUGCGAUCGAGGGCCCAAUGCUGCCCAGCGAUGUGCUGCUUGAAAAGAAGUACGAUAAGCCUAUCCUGCAGCUGGAAUGCGGCCCUUUCCGCCCCUUCAAGUCUGGCGUUCCGCCGAACAUUCUGGCGGUGCUCUUUCCGCGCACGCUCAUGUUCCUCGAGGUUACCGCGCACGGCAGCGACACCGCUGGCAACGACCUGUCUGCGGAGGUGUCGUCGUCGUCCACCGCGGACGCGCAGCUGCGUCAUCGCUAUCCGCACGGCAGCGGCUCCAAUUUGCCGGACGCCUUCUCCUCGCUCAAGGAACUGGGUGCUUUCUACACCCUAACGGUUCAGAGCGAGGCUCACCUCCAGUCCACUGCCUACAACUUCGCAUGUGGCUGCUUCGGCAACAGUGACUACAAGAUGGUCUGUGUUCAGUCGAUGGAUGGCCUGCUGACGAUUCUGGACUACUGUGGCGUGUUAUACCGCACCUUUUUGCCGCAGAAUCAAUUUCUUAUUCCUGGCCCGCUGCAGUACAGCAUGCACCGGGAUGCCUUGCUGACAUGCAACACGUCCAUGUUUCUGCUGAGCUACAGCUUCAGCUCUCUGGUCUUGAACAGCACCGCGGAAGAUGUGGCGGCAACGACCGGUGGCGCCGUGACCGCGAGUCGCUUCUCCAGCCUUUGCCCACUGUGGACGUUCAAUCUGGGUGAGGACGCGGUCGACAUCGCGGUAUGCCGUCUUACGCGUGGGUUGACGCGUGAGGAGGCCGAUGUUGUGGUGCUUUGCACCUCUGUCCUGUACGUCCUGAGCGAGAGCGGCGCGCCGCGCAUGAUCCGUCGACUUGACGUGGAGGCGUCAACCCUGUGCGUAUACCCGCUCCCAGGCAUCCAGUACGACAACCUACUCGUCGGAACCUUCAACGGUCUCGUGCAAGUCUACUCGGACACGGAGCUGCAGUGGAGCGCUGCUGUCGCCAGUGGUGCCGCUCCGCUGCAGCUGACGGUCGCCACGCUGUGCGGCGUUGAAGGCAUGAUUCUAAAUCUGGCCUCCGACAGCUCCCUUAGCAUCAACUACCUUGGCACCGACCCCGUCGAUCAGCUACCGGAGUCGCUGGAGACGAAGUCCAUCCCCUACACAGAGAUUUUGAAUGACCUGAAGCAGUAUGAGCAGCUCAUUCAUCAGUGCACCAGCGAUGCUGCGAGUGCUGCCGAGGACGGCGACGAGGAUGACCCGCUCGCCAUCCCCGGCAUGUCGCUCUCGUCCACGGGUGAAAAAAGCAAGAAGAAACGGGGUGCCAGCAAAGCGGAGGAGGAGGCAGCGUCGUCAGUCAUCCAGACGGCAGGUGCGCCAAGUCCAAGCAAUGCCGGUGUCGCGACGUCCCUGUCCAUCACAAGCGAGUUUUCGCGCAUCAACACAACUGACAACAGCGCCGAAUUCACCGUCACACUGCAGACGCGCCAGAACCAGGUCGAGGCGGUCUCUCUGGUGCUGCAGGCCGUAUCGCCAUUAUCGGCGACGCCGUCUCAGUGCGUCAUCGAGCAGAUUACCCCAGGGCGCAGCAUUCAGCGCACCUUCACGGUCCGCGCCGUUCAGGACAGGGACCUGAUCAUUCCCUCAUCGCUGGAUGUCGUGGUUGUGGCUGUGUACCGCGGUCAACGUCGCGAGUACGAGACGAUGCAGCACGUGGCACUGGCACCGCUCCCACUGGUGGCUCGCCCCGUCGCCCCCGUCAAGAACACGGCGUUUUCCAUGCAGCUCAACACCGACCAGCGCCAGCCACCGUCGCUCAUUGACGUGUUUGCUGACAUGGUCCCUCUUGGACAUGUGACGGUGAACGUCCUCUCGCUGCACUACCUGAACGGUGCGGAUGCAACGGUGCUCGUUUCCAAGAAUGCGGCGCGAUUCAAGCUGCAGGGAUCCACGAUGGAGGGAUUGUGGCUGCUUGCCGCGGAGCUCACGCGACGCGUACGACGCUGCUGCAAUGGCACUGUUCCAUUGAAGUUCGAGAUCCCGGAUGAUCUACCAGUGCCUGACUUCCUCGGGGUUGUGGACACGCACUGGGCGAUUCGGCGCGAAAUGGUGGCCGCCUCGGCGGCGCUUGACGACGCUGCCGCGCUUUUCCGCGCCGUGGAGAAGCGACUGUUGGCACGCUUCCGCGACCGCAGCCCAGCUGACGCGACGGCGUUGGGCGUUCUUUUUCAAGAAGGCUACAGGCUGCUCAGGGAGAGGGCAGAUGCGGUGACGCGGGCGAAAACGCGGCUGCGACAGGCCUCGGCCAUGCUGAACUGCUGCGCGCAGCUUUUCUGGUUCUGCCUGGAGAUCAAAUCCCCAUCGCUUUCCCCGCAAGACGCGGAAACCCUCUCGGCGCUGUUCCGCUGCUCCGUCUCCGAUGACGACGACGGAGGCUGGGAGGAGGUGACAGAGGCGGUUCUGGCAAAGGUGCUGAACUUGAAGACAAAGAAGGUGGCUAGUAACACUCUCGAGCUCUCCUCCAGUACCGCGAACUUAAAGAAGCACAUUGGAACGCUAAUAAGCAUUGUGCAGUCUGGCCAGAAGCUCGGUUCCGCAACACAAGGCGGAGGGGCUUGA